AUGUGUCUACGAGGAGAAAAUAGUGCUGAUUUCAGAGUACCUAGUGCGACCGAUGUCGUCGGCGAAAGAGAGCAAAAUAUUGAGCACAUCGCGAAGACGGUCGACGACUUGAAGUACAUGCUACAGAAGCUUCAUCACGAGCAUCAGCCGGGUUCAAGCCCAGGUCCUACCCAGCACGGCGCUGCCUCAGCUGCCACCUCGACGCGACCGUCUCCGACUUCGGUUCAAACCCCUGUUAUCGGAUCUGGCAGGUCAUCGGCAGUGCUUCAGUCAGAUUUUGGCGGCGAGUCUUCCAUCUCUGCGCAUGCAUUGUUCGCCACGGCUUUCCUUCAGAAUGUGGUCGGUAACAGCCCUUCCCCAAGGGUCACUGUGGAAAUGGCACCUGUCAUGCAGACCCUACGCAGCAUUGCCGAUGCUCAGAAUCAGACAGCCGACUCCUCAGAAACCUUGUUUCCGCACGCCAGGCCGCUGGAGGAUGGGAGAAAACCAGUCAACUUCCCUACGCCGGCAGCCGACAAGGUUUUUGGCUGUCUACGUAUGGCUCAAGAACAUGACAUGGUGGAGGCCUUGUGGCUGCCCGAGUUUGAGUCUAUGGGCCAUUUCACAGAAUACGUCAUCAGAGUCUGCUCCCCCGGGCCAUCGUCUGAAGCAGAGCUCAUCAUCUUCAACACGGGCAUGUUCUGGCUGUUUCUCGAGUGCGCCAGUUUUAUGGAAGACGAAGACGAGAUGAAUGAUUAUACCGCGCAAUCAUAUCUUUGCCGGGAUAACCUUGAAACGCUGCUGGCUCAUUUGGGAUAUCACGUACCAAAUACCAUGGAUUACAUCUACGCGCUGAAUAUGGCGACCACCUACUGUCUCCAAACCAUCAAGACGACAGCCGCGUGGUCCUUCAUCUCGAAGAGUGCACACGCCUGUCAGGCCCUCGGCCUGCACAGCGCCAUCUCGCUCCAUCCAGCUUCGUCCGCGCAGCAGGGCCGGCUCUACGAUGAAAUAUACAGCCCGGGGGCGUUUCUCCAGCCGCAGCAAGUCCGCUACGAGCAGGCACGCACGCUGAUCGAUGACCUCAAGAGCCUGAGGGAGGCAUCCGAGGCGCUGGAGGUUCGUCGUUCGCCAGAGCACGUCAAUCCGAUGCAUGCAUGUCGCGCUGACCGUGUUCGCUCACAGAGAGAAAUCGUCAGGCAGGCAGGGCGCGGCGGCCAAUCUCCCCUCUCCGAGCUCACCUGGCGCGCAGAUCGGAUCGCGUACCUUUCCAUGCUGACGCUGGCUUACCGAAGCCUCCCGCCGACGGAGCCCUUUAUCUCUUCAUUUGCAGCGGACUGCAUUGCCACGGCGCGCCAGGCUCUCGACGAGCAUGAGCAGUGCCUCAAAGCUCUGACCCAGACGCAAACCGUCAAGACGUCGGCUUACAUUGUCCUCUUCAUCGACUGGCAAGCUAAACCCCUCCUCCCCUGCUUUCCUACUCUGGUGUCCCUCCUACAAACCCCCUUCGUGCCCUUCACCAUCCUGUUCUGCCACGCCAUCGAAACGUCAAGCAGGGCAGAUCUCCAGGUCCUGCGCAGCUUCCUCGACACCCUCGAGAGAACGGCCUACUCGUCGCGCCACCUCUCUACCCAGAACCAACUGCGCCUCUUCCAGGCCCUCUACAGCGUCGCCGUGCGCUACAUCUCGGUCCAGGAGAGCAGUUCCCUGCAGGCGGACGCCUGGAGCACGGGAGGCGACGGGAGCGGCAGCGGCACCGUCACCAGCGGCGGGGUGGCGCCCGCAGGUCAGACGUCGGCGCCUUUUUCGAGUCAGAGCAUGGCGUUCACGCCUGGCGAGGUGGCGGCACAGACGGCCAAGGAUCAGUUCAUGGCGAACCUAGGGAUGCAGGUUGACUCAUCGGGCAAUCCUCUGGCGAGCUGGUUUGCGAGUAAUCAGCACCUCAUGAGGAUACUGGAAAACUCAUGA